CAAAUACAGAUGAUUCAAUAGGUGGUCCACCAAAUACAGAUGAUUCAAUAGGUGGUCCACCAAAUACUAAUGGUUCAAUGUGUGGUCCACCAAAUACUGACGGUUCAAUAAAUGGUCCACCAAAUACAGAUGGCUUAACAGGUCCACCAAACAAUGAUGGUCCAACAAAUACAGAUGGUCCAAUAAAUGGUCCAAAAAGUAGUUAUGGUUCAACAGAAGGUCCACCAAAUACUGUUGAUCCUACUGGAAGUACACAAAGUCCUGAUAGCCCUGUUGAUGAUACUGAAAGCACUGAUGGUACAACUCCUGCAGUCAUUACAUCUCCAGCUACAAUCCCAAACGAUAUAUUUGCCUCAUUACCAACCAAUUGUACUGUAAACAGCUGGUCAUUGCAGGUUCCAGAUUGCACACAUCAUCAAUAUUAUUCAUGUGAUAAGAGAUGUGGUGAGUCUAAACUUGGAAAAAAUAGAUUUUGCUCUUGUCAUCCAUUGUGUAUGAUCUCCAAAGAUUGCUGUCAAGACUUUCAAGAUAAAUGCCCUCAGUUGUAUCAAGCUGGCAGAGAAAAACAUGACAUAUUCCUCAAUGAAUCAAACAAUAUUGUCCAAUGUUCGAGUAUAUUUGGCCAGCGUGAGAAGGAAAAAUGGUGGAUCGUUGCAACAUGUAAAGAGAAUUACUCUAAUAAUUUGAUAAAACAGAAUUGUGAAAUGACUUCAGAUGUCUUUGUAUCUGUAUUACCAGUGAUUUCAAAAACCACAAAUGUCACGUAUAAAAACUAUUUCUGUGCUCUCUGCAAUGAUGUUGAUUAUGAACCUUGGAGAAUAGUAGAUGUUAACUGCAGCAACAUUUGGCCAGGCUCUCUUGACACUCCACAGAAGUUGUUGAACUAUGUCCAAGAUGGUACAUGUCAAAUAACAUAUGAAGUUCCAAUUGAGCAUGAAUGUAUUGAUGAAUCAAAUGCGAGACUUGAAACUGUGCAGUGUGCAGAUAUGGUAAGAAACUCCACAAAUGGUCAAUGCAAGAAUGCGUAUGCAAAUCUGUGCAAAAAUGGAUAUCAAGUGCCUAUCAUACAUCAACAGGUUUAUGGGUAUAAAAACAUAUACUGUUUGAUAUGCCAAGAAAUAGAGUUUUCAGUGACUGAUAUACAGUGUGGACUGAAGUUUGGAAACUCACAAGGUCAUACUGAAUCUCAGAGUCUUACCAAAUUUUCAUUUAAUAUCCUGGUGGACUUCCACUCAACAAGCUCAAAUAAGGUUGGAUUUGUUUUUCAAGAUGACACUAAAGUGUUUGGUUGCAGUAUGGACAAUAAAGAAGAAAACUGUGUCUCAUUUUGCUCAGCUGGACAUGAAUACAUAAACGGAGAAUGUGUAUUCAAAUUUCUGUUAUUCGAUAUGAGAGUAAAUGGAAGUUGGUUUGUGCCAGGAUUGAGGGAACUACAAGAGAGCAAGGCUCGGUACUUUGAAAUGAAGAAGGGGAUAAUACAGUUUCUAAAUACCAUCUUCAAAAGCUAUAUUGUAAAAAAUAUUAUCCUUGGACAUGAAGAACUCAUAAGAGAUACAAAUCAAACUGAACUAUUGCCAUUUGAUAUUCAGCUAACAUUGAAAUUAACUGAAGAGGAAUUUAUCAAUGCGACAAAAUAUCAAAUCAAUCUAAAGAACUUUGAAUAUGUGCAGAAUAGCUUAUCCAACUUUCGUAUUUAUAC